UGCGGCGGGCCGGUGGUACCUGUCCUGCGGCCGGCGACGUAGCGGGGAUUGCCCUCACCUGGAGCCACGUCCCGGUCGCCUGUCAGUGGAGCUGUGCCCGGGGAUCUACAGCUACUGUUCGUCCCGUCCCCGGGGUCUACAGCUCUGCCCAGGGGUUGCAGCCACCGCUCGUCCCGUCCCCGGGUCUGCAGCUGCCGCUCGUGCUGUGCCCGGGGAUCUGCAGCUCUGCCCAGGGUCUGCAGCCACCGCUCGUCCCAUGCCCGGGGAUCUGCAGCCGUCGCUUGCACUCACUGCCAGUGCAAAAAGCGUGCACCAUUACCCGGCUCGUGCUCAGCACACCAGCCUUUUGCAUUGUACUAGAGUACUUGAAACUCUCUCCCACUGCACUAGCGUUUUAUGUUAAAGUACUCUCCGAGUUUGCACUAUAAUUAAACGGCAUCACUGAAACGGGAAGCCUUUUUUCAUAGUUAACGGUUUCGUCUUUUCAACUAAAUCUUUAUUUAAAUUUUCACUGUAUACAUAAAAUGGAUUGCAAAAGUUUCCCUGUCGUGUUUGUUGGAUUGCUGCUGUUGUGUCGUUUUUCAUCGGGCCAAGACAAAUUGUCGUGUUCCAUUUGUAGAAAAAUAGCUGGCAACUGUUUAAAGGGUAUUGAAAAUACAUCAAGAAAGAAUUUUGGUGGUGGAAAUACAGACUGGGAAGAAAGAUAUUUGUCAAAAUAUGAAAUCAGCACUCUUUUUCAUCGUAGGCAGAAAGAUCAUUCUGAUUUCUUCCACUGGUUCUGUGUGGACACAAUUACAGUUUGCUGCCCCGCUGGGAGCUUUGGUGUAGACUGUGUUGACUGUCCUGGUGGAGUGGACAGGCCCUGCAGUGGGCAUGGGACUUGCAACGGUGAUGGUACACGGACAGGUGAUGGGUCGUGCAGCUGCACGAAGGAAUACAAGGGAGAAGAAUGCCUGGACUGUGCUGAUGGCUACUACAGUACAUUCCAGAAUGAAACUCAUUCACUCUGCACAGCCUGUCACCCUGCCUGUAAGCUGUGCACUGGACCAUCGAAUCACAACUGCAGUGAAUGUGCAAGUGGCUGGGUACAAACUAUCACCAGUGAGGACAAGUUCAUCUGUGUAGAUGUUGAUGAAUGUGCAGCAGAUAUCUUGCCAUGUAAACAACAUGAGUAUUGUUCAAACACAGAAGGAUCCUUUUCCUGUGAAGCUUGCCAUGAUGCUUGUGAUGCAUGUAGUGGAGAAGGCCCAGAAAAAUGUAUUAACUGCACCACUGGAUACACAAUGAAAGAGCAGAAAUGUGUAGAUAUAAAUGAAUGCAGCCAGUCUGAACAAGUGUGUACAAGUGAAAAUGAAGACUGUGUUAAUACUGACGGCAGCUUUACAUGCGUCUGCGCAGUGGGCCAUGAAAACCACAAUGGAAUCUGUGUAGAAAUAAAAACACCAGUUGAAGAGGAGAUGCCAGAAGAGACGCAUGUUGAACCUAAAAUGUUAGCAGAUGAUGCAUUUCAUGAAGACCUUUGACCCACAAUUUAACAUGUAUUUUUCUCGUACAAGAAAUCUGCAUAUAUUUUGGAAAAAGGACCGCCUUUCAGAUGCAGGAGUAAUGUUUCCACAGUUACACGUUGCCAAUGUGGUUUGUUUACAUGAAACUCCAUCAGUUCCUGGCCCCUUUCUAUUUUAAACUUGGGUAAAAAUGCGAACUACUCACUUCUACAUGUCAUGGAUAUUUACCUUCACUCUUUCUCUCUCUUUUAUGGGAACAAUUUGUAAUGCCUCGGAUGCUAGUAAUUUCCCCUCUUUCCCCUGACUCUCAGGCUGAUCAAAGGUCUUGACCUGUAAUGUCACCUAUUCCAUAUUCUCCAGAGAUGCUGUCUGGCCCGCUGAGUUACUCCAGCACUUCGUGUCUAUGCUCUGAAAUGAUGUCUGUUUUUACAUUGCACAAUCUUUAUGUAGCGACACAGCCCUGUAUCUGAAAUAUUUAAAUUGCCAUUUUUGUUAUAAAUUUCAUUUCUUGGAGAGUAA